AUGGUGUCUUCUAAGAGUAGGGGCGGAGAGGUCGGGUGUCUGCUACUCUCGCUUCUGCUCCUCGCUGCAGGGGAGGCCAGGAGCAGCCAGGUCCGCUACUCCGUCCCCGAGGAGGCCAAACACGGCACCUUCGUGGGCCGCAUCGCCCAGGACCUGGGGCUGGAGCUGGCGGAGCUGGUGCCGCGUCUGUUCCGGGUGGCAUCCAAAGGCCGCGGGGACCUUCUGGAGGUAAAUCUGCAGAAUGGCAUUUUGUUUGUGAAUUCUCGGAUCGACCGGGAGGAGCUGUGCGGGCGGAGCGCGGAGUGCAUCAUCCACCUGGAGGUGAUCGUGGACCGGCCGCUGCAGGUGUUCCAUGUGGCGGUGGAGGUGAAGGACAUUAACGACAAUCCGCCAGUAUUUCCAGUGACAGUAAAGACUAUCCGGUUUCACGAAUCGAGGCUGCUUGACUCGCGGUUUCCUCUAGAGGGGGCGUUUGAUGCAGAUGUCGGAGUAAAUGCUCUUCUCUCCUACAAGCUCAGCUCCAGUGAGUUUUUCUUUCUAGAUAUACAGACAAAUGAUGAACUAAGCCAGUCUUUGUCUCUUGUGCUCAGGAAAUCUCUGGACAGAGAGGAAACUGCCGAGAUUAAUUUGUUACUGGUGGCUACUGAUAGGGGCAAACCUGAGCUCACAGGCACCGUUCAACUGCUUAUUAAGGUAUUAGAUGUGAAUGACAACGAACCUACUUUUGACCAAUCAGUUUACAAAGUACAGUUGUUAGAGAACAUCGCAAACGGAUCCUUGGUGAUUAAAUUAAAUUCUUCUGAUGCAGAUGAAGGAUCAAACAGCGAGAUUGUGUAUUCAUUUAGUGGUGAUGUGUCCCCCAAUAUAAAGACCAAGUUCAAAAUAGAUCCCAGCUCAGGGGAAAUCAGAACUAAGGGACAAUUAGAUUAUGAGGAAGUGAAAUCUUAUGAGAUUCAAGUCAUUGCCUAUGACAACGGGACUCCACCAAUGUCUGGGCACUGUAAAAUUUCAGUAAAACUUGUGGACAUCAAUGAUAACACACCAGAAGUCUCAAUCACGUCUCUUUCACUUCCCAUCCGAGAGGAUGCUCCGCUGGGAACAGUCAUCGCCCUCAUCACAGUGUCUGACCGCGACUCCGGUGCCAACGGGCAGGUGACCUGCACCCUGACCCCCCAUGACUUCUUCAAACUGGUGUCCACCUUCAAGAAUUACUAUUCGCUGGUGUUGGACAGCGCCCUGGAUCGCGAGAACCUGGCGAACUAUGAGGUGGGGGUGACCGCGAGGGACGGGGGCUCGCCUUCCCUGUCGACAACGGCCAGCGUGUUCGUGGAGGUGUCCGACGUGAACGACAACGCGCCCGCGUUCGCGCAGCCCGAGUACACGGUGUUCGUGAAGGAAAACAAUCCGCCCGGCUGCCACAUCUUCACGGUGUCGGCGCGGGACGCGGACGCGCAGGAGAACGCGCUGGUGUCCUACUCGCUGGUGGAGCGGCGGGUGGGCGAGCGAGCGCUGUCGAGCUACGUGUCGGUGCACGCGGAGAGCGGCAAGGUGUACGCGCUGCAGCCGCUGGACCACGAGGAGCUGGAGCUGCUGCAGUUCCAGGUGAGCGCGCGCGACGCGGGCGUGCCGCCUCUGGGCAGCAACGUGACGCUGCAGGUGUUCGUGCUGGACGAGAACGACAACGCGCCGGCGCUGCUGCUGCCCGCGCCGGCGCUGCUGCUGCCCGGGCCGGGCGGCGGGGCGGGCGCGCUGAGCCAGCGGGUGGCUCGGUCGGUGGGCGCGGGCCACGUGGUGGCGAAGGUGCGCGCGGUGGACGCGGACUCGGGCUACAACGCGUGGCUGUCGUACGAGCUGCAGCCGGCAGCGGGUGGCGCGCGCAGCCCGUUCCGCGUGGGGCUGUACACGGGCGAGAUCAGCACGACGCGCGCCCUGGACGAGGCGGACACGCCGCGCCAGCGCCUGCUGGUGCUGGUGAAGGACCACGGCGAGCCGGCGCUGACGGCCACGGCCACCGUGCUGCUGUCGCUGGAGGACAGCGGCCAGGCGCCCAAGGCCUCUUCGCGGGCGUCGACGGGCGCCGCUGGCGCGGAGGCCGCUCUGGUGGAUGUGAACGUGUACCUGAUCAUCGCCAUCUGCGCGGUGUCCAGCCUGUUGGUGCUCACGCUGCUGCUGUACGCGGCGCUGCGGCGCUCGGCGCCGCCCAGCGAGGGCGCGUGCGGGCCCGGGAAGCCCGCGCUGGUGUGCUCCAGCGCGGUGGGGAGCUGGUCUUACUCGCAGCAGAGGCGGCAGCGGUGUGCUCUGGGGAGGGGCCGCCCAAGGCAGACCUCAUGGCCUUCAGCCCAUGUCUCCCACCCGGCCCCAUUAGUGGGGAUAGAGAAGAGCAGCUGGAUGUGAAGGUUGAUCUUCCUGCUAA